UACCGCAUCCCCCAGGGUCCCCGCGGGUUCUGGGGGGGGGGGUCGCUUGCGGGGGUCCCAAGGGAGGUCCCGCCUUCAAAGCCGACGGCGCCAACCGUAAGGCCUUCGCAACACGAGCAACAUCGCGGGCUGCGCGCGCACCGCGAUGGCUUGCCUCGGCGAGCUCCGGCUCUCAAAAACGACGUGCUCGCGUCGACCUCCCACGAAACUCCACGGCGCUGGGCAAGAGGCGCGUCGCAAAACGGCAGAACUCACGCGCUGCCACGCCCGCGGGCGGAGCACGAUUGGGGAGGAGGAGGAGGAGGAGGAGUGGCAAAGAUUAGGACGGAGGACGAGGAGGACAAGCAGCCGGCUCGCCCCUGCCGCGGGCAGCGCGGGAGGCCAGAGUGAAACGAUCGAACGCCGCCGCGUCGCGCAUGGUCGAGACUCACUCCCUCCAUCACCCGACACCGCGCCCCCUGUCACGUCGAGGCGUGGUAGCUGGCAAGGCUGCUGUAAACCUUCAAACGCCCCCUCCAUCGUCCCGCGGGUCGCACACCACGGUGCGCAUCCCCUCUCCGAGGUCCUCCAUGGCUUCCAAGGCUGGCCAGGAGGGCCAUCAAGCCCAUUGGGGGCGUCUUGAGCGCGCAUGGGGCCGUCUCGAAAUCAUGUUGGGCCCCUUAGAGCGUUCUUGAACAGACAGAAACUUGACGUGAUGGCCAGACUUGGUAGCGCACAAGCAGGCCGAGAAGCCAACGCAGAAGAGGGAACGCAGCGAGACGCGAUCGAUCCCACGGCUGCCAGAAGCUCAGCCGUGGCAGAAGUGACCGCGCCACUACCACUAGAGGGGAGCAAACGAUGCAUCGCUGCCAACUCGCGGGAGAUCUCACCGCAACGCUAGCACUUCUCCUGCUCCUGCCGAAGAGAUGCUCUGCCAAAACAUGUCUAAAAACAAACGGGCACCAGGGUGUGUUGUACCCGUGAAAUGCUGGGCAAUUGAGUCGAACUUCGGCCGGCGGGACCCAGAAGGCAAGCCAGAACCCCCCGACUGUGCCGCAAACACCAUGGUGCACAGCGUUUGCUGAUCGUCUCGCGCUGGCGAGCCUCUCCCGAAGGAUUUACAUCAUGCUGUACAGAUUACUGGAGGCGGUGCGGCCGGCGGUGCGGCCUCCCUCCUGCCCGCCUGCUCACAUCCCGACUCCUUGCAGGUGUCAAAGCGGGACCACGCCAGAAGAGGCCCCCGUACCUUCCCCUCCGUGGGCCUGAAAAUGCCGUAAUGCGCGCCUAAAUAAUUGUUGGCGAUCCGCGCUGGCGUGCACUCGGGAUGCGCCUCCAAGUAGCGACGAUCGUUUCCCAUACCCGACUUGCACUUGAAAUGCUGCUCCCUGUAGAGCUGGAAACUCUGGUGAGGUCCACAUUGAACUUCAGGCCCAUGGGAACUUUCUCUCUUGAUAUUUACCCCUGGGCACUCAUCCUGCACCACUUUCUGUAGCCCGUGCAUCAUCGUCACCGGACCCAUCAAUCCAGAAAUAUGCUCAUUCCCAAUGUACCAACCCUUGAUCGCCUGAACAACAUGUUGCAUUACCUUGCUGCCGCGCUCAGCCGCGAAAACAGCAUUCAAAAUCUCACAAUCCUGGGCAAACGAACUCAUGAAAGUUGUGUUGUCGUCUACCAUUUCCGAGAAAGGAACGCGGAACUGCAUGUCUAAAUCCGCAUAAAAACCUCCCUCGAGCGCAACCACCGCCGCUCUGCAAAUAUCACCGCGGUAAGCUCCGUACUUCUCGUUGACGUACGCGGAAUGCAACUCGGACCCGAAAUUGGAAGCAAUGAAGUCGCUGCAACCGGUGUCAUUAAGGAAUCGCACCCGAAGAUUAGGGUUCAGAUGCAAAGUAUUGCGAACGUUGUCUCGCAGCUCUGGUGGCAACUCAUCGAUAGACCCCUGCUUCGCCGUCAUGACAAGCUGCCAUGGGAUCCUACCCUCAUGGCCGCCUAACCCUUCCCGUCUGAGAACGGUACCAUCAAAGGAAUGUUGAAUGGCUGUCACGCGCUUUAGCAAAAUCAACAACGUGAAUCCACAAUUCCUCAUGUUGCACUUCGUGGUACGUAAGAUGGCGUAAAGGUAUGGAACAGACUAAGUGACUAGCGUGGUCGCUUGAGCCAGAGUGGCCAGCUGCAACUUCGCAUUGAAGAUUGAAUGUUGAACGGCUCUACGGUUUUUUUCCCAACCAUCCUGUG